AUGAUAAAAAAGUAUCCUGAUCCGGACGCGGUCUUACAAAACCACGAUAUUGCUAUGGAAAUAUAUAGCGACAUCUUUCGCAAAGAAUUUCCGCUAUUUGCAAGAUCUUCACUAGAAUUUGCAUUGUUCAAGCCAUUUGCCACACCUUCUGUCAGUAAAUUACUCGUGUCAACAAGAGAAUUUAUGGAUCGGUGCCCGCGUCGAGCGGAAGAUACGGAGCUUAUAUUAUCAGAAAUUAUUGACGCGUACCCGCGCAUUCAAAAUGAAAUACGCUGCAAUCCCAAUAUUUCCGAGAAAGAUAUUAAUAAGCAGUAUCAACGGCGUGAAGCCUCUAUUAAUCGCCUAAACGAACUUCAUGGAAAAUAUCCCAUCUCCAAUGAGGAUUACCUCUACACUCUAACUUUGUUUGUCAAUGAACCUAUCCGUUGGCUCAAUAACUGGGAAUGGCGGAAGUUAGAUAUACGAGAAAUUAAUGCCAUUUUCAAGGUAUGGCAUGAAAUUGGAACUAAAAUGCAUAUCAAAAAUAUACCAGACACACUAGAUGAGUGGACUGAAAUACAAAAAGCUUAUGAGCAUAGCUCAGUGAAAUACCAUCCUGCUAAUUGGACAUGCGCUGAUCCAACUAUCAAACACUUGGGAACAAAGCUACCCCGAUUUAUGCUUCCGGUCCUGUAUAAAAUGCUACCUUGUUUACUUGAAGAUAGUGAGUGCAGAGCAUUUGGUAUUGAUACUGCGUCAAAAAUAAUUAGGUCUGUUUUCAAUGGCAUGAUAUUUUUACGUGUCUUAUUUGUGAGACAUUUAUGUCUUCCUAGAGAUGUCUAUGAUCUAAGAACACCAUUCUAUCCUAACAAGGAAGGAAAAUAUGUUCCACAUUAUCAUGUUUAUAAUGGUCCGAUUUACGCAGAUGGAUAUCGUGUGGAGGAACUGGGUCCUGAAAAAUUCAUGCCAAAGUGUCCUGUAUUUCACUCUACAUAA